AUGAUCGACAUCACCGUGAUUAGUUUUCAGUUGACUCUUCGGGUGUCGACCAACGAAACACCGUGUUUAUCACGCUUAAUGGACUACGGCGUGAGUCCUGAAGCGAUAUUCAACACCGAACAACUACAAUUGUUUCGUCUCAGUUUGCCGUUGCUGGAACAAGAACUAACACGGCAAGAAAUUGCAACCACUCGACGACGAUACAGUCGACAUAUUCGAACGUUCAAGUCGUGGAUUGGUGUGGAAGCCUUGAAAGAGCGAUAUUGUCAGCAGUACUCUGCUUCAUAA